CGGCGGCGCGCGCCGAGGCGGGCGCAGAGCGGCUGCGGAGGCACCUCCAGCUCGCGCCGUCCCUCCGGGAGACCCGCGCGCCAGGGAUAAUCCAUGGGGCCGAGCGGCGCCCGCUGAGGGAGGAGGGAACGAGGAGCGGCGGGAGUCGGUGCCGGCCGGGUUCUGGAACAUACCCUUCAAAGGACUAAAGGAAGUGACUGCUGAGGAUAACGAAUAUGCAAUUGUGUAAAUCUCAACUGCAUUAAAUUGAAAGAAAAGUUUAGAAUAAAGUCUCUUAACUAGGGAAGGACAGAGAUGUGUUUUGGGCAUUCCUACAGGUGAAUGUAAAGCAGUGAAGCAUAUAAAUGUUCCUCUGCCUACCAUGUGCUAGUGUUCUGUGGGACCAGGUUGGUGUUAGCAUCUGCACUUAGUGCCAGUCAGAACUGGUUGUAAAGGACUGAUGGGGAUGGACACAAGGGUCCCCAAGCAGCCAUGCAGCAGGUCUUAGACAACCUUACCGAUCUGCCGACAUCGACGGGCGCUGAAGAGAUAGACCUGAUUUUUCUUAAAGGAAUUAUGGAAAACCCUAUCGUAAGAUCACUUGCUAAGGCUCAUGAGCGACUGGAAGAUUCUAAACUUGAGGCUGUCAGUGACAACAACCUGGAGCUGGUGAAUGAAAUUCUCGAAGACAUCAGUCCGUUAGUAAAUAAAGAUGAAAAUAUUGCAGAAUUGGUUGGAAUACUCAAGGAACCUCAUUUUCAGUCACUCUUGGAAGCACAUGAUAUUGUUGCUUCAAAGUGUUACGAUUCCCCUCCUUCUAGCCCAGAAGUCAAUAAUUCUUCAGUGAACAACCAGGUUGUUCCAGUAGAUGCUAUUCGUAUCCUUGGAAUUCACAAAAGAGCAGGAGAACCACUGGGUGUUACAUUUAGAGUUGAGAACAAUGAUCUGGUAAUAGCACGAAUUCUUCAUGGAGGAAUGAUAGAUCGACAAGGUCUUCUGCAUGUAGGUGACAUUAUUAAAGAGGUGAAUGGCCAUGAGGUUGGAAAUAAUCCAAAAGAAUUGCAAGAACUGCUGAAAAACAUUAGUGGCAGUGUCACUUUGAAGAUUCUUCCCAGCUACAGAGACACCGUUAUUCCUCAACAGGUUUUUGUGAAGUGUCAUUUUGAUUAUAAUCCAUAUAAUGACAACCUCAUUCCAUGCAAAGAAGCAGGUUUGAAAUUUUCUAAAGGAGAAAUUCUUCAGAUUGUAAACCGGGAAGACCCGAAUUGGUGGCAGGCUAGUCAUGUCAAAGAAGGAGGAAGUGCAGGUCUAAUUCCCAGCCAGUUCCUGGAAGAGAAGAGAAAGGCCUUUGUUAGGAGGGACUGGGACAACUCAGGGCCUUUUUGUGGAACAAUAAGCAGCAAAAAAAAGAAAAAGAUGAUGUAUCUCACUACAAGAAAUGCAGAAUUUGAUCGCCAUGAAAUCCAGAUCUAUGAGGAAGUGGCCAAAAUGCCUCCUUUUCAAAGGAAAACACUAGUCUUGAUUGGGGCCCAAGGAGUGGGGCGAAGAAGUUUGAAGAAUAGGUUCAUAGUACUGAAUCCUACUAGGUUUGGAACUACAGUGCCAUUUACUUCACGAAAGCCAAGGGAUGAUGAAAAAGAUGGGCAAGCGUACAGAUUUGUGUCACGAGCUGAAAUGGAGAUGGAUAUUAAAGCUGGAAGAUAUUUAGAGCAUGGAGAAUAUGAAGGAAAUCUUUAUGGCACCAAAAUUGAUUCCAUCCUUGAAGUUGUUCAAACAGGAAGGACCUGCAUCUUGGACGUAAAUCCACAGGCCCUGAAAAUACUGAGGACUUCAGAAUUCAUGCCCUAUGUAGUGUUUAUUGCUGCUCCAGAGUUGGAGACUUUGCGAGCUAUGCACAAGGCUGUGGUAGAUGCUGGAAUUACAACAAAACUUCUCACUGACACUGAUCUGAAAAAAACAGUAGAUGAAAGCGCCCGGAUCCAGAGAGCGUACAACCACUACUUUGACCUGACCAUUGUCAAUGACAACCUGGACAAAGCCUUUGAGAAGCUGCAGACUGCCAUUGAGAGACUGAGGCUGGAGCCACAGUGGGUCCCCAUCAGCUGGGUGUAUUGAGAUGUCUCGAGAGGAGCUUAAGUACAAAUAAAAUCAACAGCAGCAAAUGUGACAUGUAGAUACCGAUGAUAACCUACAGCACCUGUGCAUUUUUACUCUGUGUAUAUUCAAAAGUACACUGUUCUGAAUUUUUAUAAAAAUGUUGAAGAGAAAGUGUACUUAAAUAUGUAAUUUAUUUUAAUUUUUCUAACUUUUUACAGAUAACCUUUCUAUUCAUAUCACAUAAAGGAAAUGCGUUUAAGCAUUUUUCUAUGUUUUGAUUUAGUACCUUUGCCUUUUUCAUCUAAGAAACUUUCAGUCAUUCACUUCAACAUUUACAUCUUGGUCUUACAUUUUCACUGUGAUUAAAAAAAGGAUACUUGAAACAAUUUUUGUAAAAUUUGUUAAUGUCAGUGUUUAACGGAUCAAAAGUCUCUUAUUAGGAAAGAACACUAAUUUCUUUGUUUUUUUUUUAAAUUCCUUAAAAAAUCAAAAUUUCAUGGGAGCAGAAUUAUAAAUAUUACAAGCAGCAACAAACAGCUCCAUUGCUCCAGCUUCUUUCGGCUUAAUGUGGGUGCAUUCCUGAUGUUUCACAAGUUCUUGAUAUCUCUUGAUUUAGGUAACUUUUAUGUAGGUUCCCCUAUAUCUGUCUCCUAAGUUAACAUAGAGCAAUACCUUGCAAGCUGCUUAUUAAGCUUUCUUGGGAGCCACCCUGUUUGUUAGCCCAUUAGAGUUGAAGUACUGAUAUUAGAAAGUCAUAUGCCAGGUAAUUCAGUGCAAUUUGAAUAAAGGUGAAGUAGCUUGAGAGAGAACCUGAUAAUGUGGAGCCUUGUAAGUGACACUUAAUGUUUAGGACUAUUUAUUCACACUUGUGAAAACAGACUGCUUUAAGAAAAAAAAGGCAUUUUCUUUUCUUAGAACAUUGUUCUAUAUUUGUAUAGUGAUCUGUGGCUUCAUUUCCUGUGAUGUCUGGCUGGGUUCUAAAUUAUCUUUUAAAUAUUUGUGUGUGAUCAACUGCUGUAUUUUAUGAGUGUUGCGUAAUGGCAUUACUGUGCUUUUUCUCACAUUGUUUUUAAUUGCAUUUUUCAUUAGAUAGCUUGUGAAUUGGAAGCUUACUACUAAAAAGCAAUGUUGUUUAUACCUUUUUUGUUUUACAAUGUAUUUUCUUUUGUUUAGUGACAGUUCUCCCCUCAGUAGGCCCAUUGAUAUAAUUUGUAUUAGGUUCAAGUUCAUCGAUCAAAACUUAGGCUGAUGUAAAUUUCUGCUUAAUGAGAACAGAACAAAAAGACAGCUUGUUGCUCAGACAAGCUCUUUUUGUGACCAUGUUUUAUAUUAUAGUGUCAACUGUUGUAUAUAGUCAGAUUCACCAUCGUGUACUGGGUUAGGUGUCUAAACUGAAGUCAUCUGUUUAAUUUCUCUUCCAUCUGGUGACAGGCACCUGGCUUCUGGAUUCUUUCUCAACACCAAAGUGUGACACGGAAUGCUAUCAAAAGGCAGCUUCCUCAGAACUAUUUCUGGAGGAAGACAGGCUUAGACACUGAAAAACAGUAUUGCUUCCUAGGGCUCUCAAAAGACUUUUAUGUGCACAAGGAAAAGAAAAAAUGGAGUUGAUGCACUACAGGAAAAGUGUGUUAAAAAAAAUCCCUCAAAACACCCGUAUACUACAAAUGAUUUUUACAAAGCCUAUGAAGUUGGUUGUUGUGGGGAAAAAGGGGCAGAGGGGACUUUAAAUCGCAGUGUAUGUGGAAAAUGUCAAACUAUAGCACAGGAAAUCUUUGUGGCUCUUAAUACUGAGAUUUCAGUCUUUUAGAGGGAAUCUGAAAUUCUCUAAGGAAAAUUUGUACCACUACUUUGUUUUACUGCUAUACUUUUCAGGAUGUGUUUUCUCUGAUUUUGUUUAAGUUUGGCAGAGCUUUUAAAUGUGGCACCAGCAUGGGACUCUUAGUUUCCUUUCCCAGGAAACAUGUUCUGUGAUCCUAUCACUCAGAGGCUGCUUUGAGAAAUGGAUCAAGUUUUGUAUGUAGCAGUAAAUGAUAGCAGGGCCGUUGCUUGGCUAUUUUAAUGAUUUGCUUUUGGCACUCUAUGCUGAACAUGACUGAACUGUGUUUGUGUAUUGUGUCAUAGGAGACCUCCAUAUGCUGUAAAUAAGAUGUGCUGUCUGGACAGAUAUGAUGCCUUUUCAUUAUGAGUUAGAAAAAUACUCUUAUUUAUGAUGCCAAAAAUGGGCUGAGUUCACUCUUCCCUAAUGAAUGGAAUGAGAAGAUUCUUCAGUUUACACACCGUAGUACUUUAUAUUGCAAACAUCACUUAUUUUUAUCUUUUUUUUUUCUGUAAGUUUACUUAACCAAAUGAGACACAUGAAACAUGGACACCAAGGUUUAGUCAGGAUAAGCUCUCUGCUCCUUCUGCUUCCAUCUCAGAGAGAACACUGUCGAAAGAGUCUCCUAGUUAGCAAUCUCCAAAAUAUCCACAUAUUUGCUGAAGCCUAAAGCUUUUGCAUUUGCUACAGGUUCGCACUGUGUGUUUAAAUCAGGCAGUGAGCACAGUGCAGCCUGGUGGCUGAGCAUUGGGUGGUGGUAGUGCAGAUGCCAAUGAGCAGUACAAUUCUUAAGCAAUAAGAGAAGAUGGCUUGCUUAGGUUGCAGGCAAUGAUUGUAUGGAAGUGUCUGCAGGUUUUAUCUGGAUGUCCACAUGCCAGGUUGUAAGGGGGAAAACAACCCAAACACCACACUCCUUGCAUCUUUUAAAUCUUGAGGGUUCAUACUGGCGUGUUUAAUGUUGAGAGAGGGAGAAAGGUUGGCUUGUUUUUCUGCAGUGGUGGGUCUUGGUUUUGUUUUUUAGCAAAAACAGAUUUUCAUCAGAUAUUCUGCUUAGUUUGUCACUACCUGGUAGGAUGACUAGCAUGAGAGUGACAGUUACUUUUUUUAAAAAAAGCAUUCUUGGGGGUUCUUACAGGGCUGGUGCCAUUUCAGUGACAUCCACAGCAGUGAUAGUCCCUACCUGCCAGGAUGUGCUGGAUCAGCUGUUACACAGGGACCUGUAUAUUGUGCAAUUAGGGGAGAAAGACACUAUGAAAGGCUCAUUUUGAGCAAGUGAAAACAUUUCAUAGAACAGCUGUUUGAAGUAUUUCAGAGGAGUUAAAAUAACUGGGAUUUCAUGUAUCUCAUUCUGUACUAAACAUUAAUUUUCCAGAUACUAACAGGAAAACUUUUUACAUUGACUGUUAAUGAUUACAAUAGGUGUGUCUGAGCGAGGUGAAGAUGCUGCUAAAUGUUUAAGAUAUGUGGUAUGUAUCACAAGAUAAAUAUUUAAGUAGUUUAGAAAAGUAAAUUAUCAAGUAGUUGUCUGUGUAUAUGUAUGUAUGUGGAUGGUAAAACAAAAAAUGCUCAUGUUGGUUAUCACAUUACUAAGCUACCAUGACUUAAUCCAGAAAUGUACCUGCAUGUGAGACUUUAGAACUGGUACACUUCUCUACCUGGUUUAUUGUGUUUACUAAUGUAUAUUUUUCUAAAUAUACAGAUAUUUCAAUCUAAAAAAUUCUAUAUUUAUCUGUAAUUUCUAUCUGUUUUGGACAGUGCAUGAGGUGCUGUAAAAUUCUGUACAUAUAGAGACUUAUAGAAGAAACACUGUCGUUGCCCUGUGAAUGAAAAGUUAUACACAGAAGUACAGUCAGUAUGCCAAGACCUGUAAGUUAUUUCCCUGAAUUCACCAAAAAUUCCCUUAAGCGUGCACCAGUCUCAAGUUUCAUGUAAAUACCCUGGUGCAUGUGUACCCAGGUGAUUACCUUGCUGUCUCUAAAUGUUACUGGCAGGUCUAUUUUAGGUUCUGCAUCAUGUGACAAGAUGCAGUUCAAGUUUAGUGGGAUAAUUAUAAUGGAAAGUGGGAUAGUUAUAAUGGAAUAUGUCAUCUUGCAUAGAUUUAUAAAAGUCUUUCAAAAUGUUCUGCAAAUAUACAGUGAAGGUAAAAUUGGAGCACAAUCACAGACCUUUGUAGGCAAGGAAAAUUGAAUUUAUAACCAAGGCAGUAUCUGUAACUUGUGCCGUGUUCUCAGAUCAGGGCAGCUCUGUGUACUUAGUCAUACAAAAGCUUUGUGAAGCAGGAUGGUGGAUCAGCUCAUCGCUUUUGAAUUUGUGUUUAUAUAAGCUGUCACAUCUUGGAUAGGCUCAAAAUGUGACAUUUAUUUCCCCAUCCUCUGUACUCACUGCAUCUUCUAAAAUCACACCUAAGUGACUUGCUGUACAAAUUGCCUGCAGCUCAGUGCUCAGAAGUCAUCUGGGUUUGGUUUUGUUUUGAAAAGGGUGAUUCAGCUGAGAAAAAGGAAGACUUUUUUUCUCUUUGAAACACAGAAAAUCCUUGGCUGGGUACCCCCUUGAGCCCAGCUGGCCUGUCUGGUAUGCUUAAGGACCAGUGGAGGACAGUCAAGCAGAGCAGUCCACAAAUAAGGAACUAUGGGUUCUUACCUGUCCUUAUGCAUGAGCUGAUAUUGUGUACAUAAAUUCAAACUUCUUUCACCUAUUCCUUGGUUUCCCAUCCAGGCUUCCUCUAGCUUACUGCUCCGUUCAGACUGAACCUUGAGGCAGAUGCUGUUCCUCGCUCGCUGUGCCUCUUAAAUGCAGCUCUAAAACAAAUACAGCUGGAGCUCUGUCACAUCUGUCACGCAAAUCUGUACAGACUGUUUCUUUCAUGCAGGGUUUCUUUCCUGCCUCAUCCAAAUUCUGAAGGGUUCAACUACCACAUUGUUAUUGCCAAACUUCAUGAUACUAUCACUUUAUUGAUGUCUACGUAGCGGUUACUGGAUACAAAGACUUGUAGUCUGCUAGGCCUCUUGCCUUAAGUACCCCUCAGCUCCCAGCUGCCCCCCAGAACCUCUCCUGGGCCAUUGAAAGGGUUUCUGUACUUAAAGGUACUUUAAUUUGCUUUCUCUGGUGGACUGUCAUGACUGACGGUGCUGAAGUCCUGGCCCCUUGUUCUUUUUUUCCGGCUUUAAUUUUUUUAGCCUCUCCUUCUCAGUUUUCAGGUAUGUUUAACAGGCUUUCUGAUGGAAAGUGUCUGGGAUUCUCCACUCAUGUCUUGUAGGGGAAAUAAUAGUCAAUAUAAACAUUGGUAUUUAGGACUAGUGUAACUUACUGGUUUUAGGCCCAAGAGAGACACUUAAAAAUAGAGUAAAAAAUGCUUGUAAAAUAACCAGUUUGGGUUAUUUUACAGGCAGUGUUGGCUUCCAAAAAUAUUAAAAGUGUGCUCAUGUUCACACACAUACAUAUAAAACUUAGGGGUAAAUACUGCAAGUAAUUCAGGCAGUAUCUGCUAAUUUACCUGAAUUCUCCAUGGUGGGAUGCUAUUCCACAAAUGGUCCCAUUUUCAACAGCUGAACUCUUGAGUUCAUUUGCUGGUAUUGCAGCUGAGAUUUACCUGUACAGGCUUAAAAACAAACCCCAGCUUGGUGAAGGCUGUUAAGCAAUUUCACCUACAAAAAGAAUUUAUUCAGCAGGGGUUCAGCAAUAUUUAUAUUUUAUGGAAUAAAUUACACUUGAAGUAAAUUAAUUUUGUUCUCAGUAUUUGGAACCAUUUCUUACUUUCAAUGGGUAUGGAGUUCCUUUUGCUAUUAGGGCAGUCAUUGGACAACAUAGUUGAAAGUAGUCCUGGAAACACUUUUUCCCAUUUAGCCUUCUCCCUUUUACGGCAGCAGCUCCACGCCAAUGCUUCUCCAUGCAACUUUGGCUGUCCUCAUGGCUCAGCCAAGUAUUAUUCCACAAGUAGCCAGCAUUUACCUAAAACACAGCAGAGCCUCUUCCAAAACCCCAAGUAACUUCUCUGUUAUUUGACCUCUCACGAUACGUAGUGUAGUGCAAAAUGAAUGGCACUGCUUUGUACAGUUCCAGGCUGGCAGCCAAAUUGUUGGUUGCAAAGAAAAACUUGACUGAUUUUUGGUUGGUUGGUUUAGGUCUUGUACACAAUUAUAUAUGGAGAUAACUGUUGAAAUACAUUUUUCCCCCUAUGAAAAUGCAUGUUGAGCAUCCCUUUCCUGCCCCUGGUCCCCCAUCAUAUAUUGCCCGUGUGUAACAAUUGUGCACUGUGGUAUAAGGAGGGGAACCACCUCUGUGGAUUUUAAAAUACAAGAAAGUUUGCCUCUCUCCCACCCUACACUGGGCUAAGAACUGUAGAAUCUUGGUUAAGUGUUUGGGUUUAAAUGUCUGUUAGAAGUCUGUCACUUUGUGUUUCCUUACCUUGCUUCUUCUCACAACUGGUUUUGCCAGUUGGAAGCUCUUGUGAUUUUUGUUUGUUUGUUUUCAUUUCUACAGCAUAUUAAAUUAAACUGGAUUUGACAUUUGUAAAAUUUUCAAAACUGCUCUCCUGUAAAAAAAUUAGUUUCUUUAGCUGAAAACUUCCUACAAAAAAAAGUUAACUAUUAGCUAGACUUUUAAUGUAAACCUGAAAAUUAUUUAGUACCUAAUUGUUUGAAUACUGUACUGUAGAGCAGGCCUAGGAUAUGGGACUUCUUAGCAUUGUGACUUCAUACUGUAAAGUCAGCUACUACGUGGGAUGUUUUUAAAUUGUGACUUGUUUUCUAAGACCCCCCUCCUUGUCUUUUUCACAGCUAAUAUUUUCACAAUAAACACAGCCAAACAUAAAAAUAUUAAUGUACAAAUGAUGAAAUUCUGUUAAUUCCCAACAAAAUAUUUUUGUAUAUAAUAAAGAUUUAAUAUUGAAAAAAUGUAA